AUGCAAGUGUUGAGAGAGUUAAAAGCUGCAGAGCAAUGUGGUAAUAUAUGCUUUCCACCAAGGGCUGCAUCUAGUGAAUUUAUAGAAGAAGCAAUCAAUGGAUUGUCCAAAGACAUCUCUCCAAACAAUUUUAUCGAGUCAGCAUGUGCAGUGUGUGCCCAGUUAGUGCCUCAAAAAUUAUUGUCAUCCAUAUCUGAUGAAGAAUAUGAUGAAAAUCUUCUACACAAUAAUGAUCCAAUCACUAGAUGUGAACAGUUGAAAUUAGCAGACCCAAUACUGGACAUCACUGGCCCUAUCCUUCUUCCUGGCUGUAAGGAUAUUUGUCAAUCAUGCUUAUCUGAGCUCAAAGAAGGUUGUACCCCUGCAGAUAGUCUGGCAAAUGGUUUGUGGAUUGGAGAAGUCCCACCCCAGCUACAAAACCUGAGUUUUACUGAGAAAAUGCUGAUAGCACGUGUAAAGCAUAACCACUGCAUUGUCAAGGUCCACAUGUCAGGCAUGUCCAAGCUACGUGCUAAUGUGGUCAGCCAUUCACUUCCCAUGCCCAAGAUAUAUUCUGUGCUUCCACCUAGAUGUGAGGAAUUGAGUGAGGUAUUAGCAUUCUUAUAUCUUGGACCUAAUCAGCCAACCUCCAAAGAGUAUAAGCGCACACCCAUGCUCGUACGGCGUAACAAAGUGGCUGAUGCACUUGAAUGGCUAAAACUCAAUCACAUUGACUAUGCUGAUCUUAAGAUAUCUUAUGACAACAUCAAUUUAUAUCCUGAGGAUGAGCCACCUGUGAUCGUAAAUUACUCAAAGAGCAUGGAGUCCAAUGUAGAUCCUGAAGCGUCAGCUGUAAAUGCAAGUGAAGAAGAUGAAGGUGCAGAUGAUGGAGCCUGUCCUUUUGUUGUGCAUGGAUUGACAGGAGCAAGCCUUGAACACAUGGGAAAAGUCAGACCAUACGAGAUCACUGCACGAGCUAUCACUUCAAAUCAGGAGGCAAAGUACUUGGUAUAG